AUGGGCCAUGGCCUGCGCCUCAUCUGCGCGCUCCUUCUGCACGUCCUUCUUGACGCCUACGUCUACUUUGAGGCACCUUUUGCUGCCGAGCGCUACGUGCUCUCGCCCGUGCUUUUGGACGAGUCGGAGGUCCACCUUGUCCUCCACCGCAUCGAGCCAGGCACCGAGACUGGCGACGACGACGCCAACGACUUUCGCGUGCAGACCACCGACCGCCUCGUCGGUGUCGACAAUGCGACCAUGUCGACGCUGUCUUUUGAAGCCAUUGCAGACACGCCACCCAACUCGACGUUCAUCGUGCCGCUGCUCACGGAGCUCGACGAGCCCGAGGUGGAGGACGCGGUGCGCCUCGAGGGCUUUCUACAGCUCCACGUCAUGGCGCCCACGACGCUGUCAGUGCGACUACGAAGCGGUGCACUUGGUGCUGUACCUGCAGCGGCGUGCCUCGCUCCGAACACAAGCACGUGCGCGAUGCACGCUUCGUUCGACCGCGCCCAGCGGCGGAUGGUGCUGCGCCUUGCCUUCUUCCAGAGCAAGGACGCGUCCUUGGAGCGCGGCGAUACGUUCUUAGCGGUGGACGGCGUCGAGAUCUCGCUCGCACCGCUCGAUGAGAUCGUCGAAGGCGUGAUGAAACCUGGCGCAUCGCCUGUUGCGGUGCCCCUUGUGGACACGCGCGACGGCCAUUCGAACGUUCUGAGCGGCUUCUUGCGCCUCACGCGCCUCGAGCCACGCACCUUGCUCUUUGAGCCGACGCUGACGCGGCGACGUGACGCACUCGUGCGCUUGAUCGCCGCCGACAAUGCCGUCGCCGCGUACAACGGCAUGCCCGUGACGCACGCUGCGUAUCGACGGUUUGUCACGACCGACCCGAUUGGUGCCGCGCGGGUGAUGGGAUUGGAGAGCGACGGCAUGCCAAGCAGCGAGAUGCCUCGUCCGUCGAAGCUGCGCGCCAUCGAGACGCAAGAGGGGGCUGGUGGCGACGACGAGGAACACAGGAAUGCACCGACACCCAGCGUGACUGCACCGACCCCGGCACCGACCCCCGUGCCACUUCCGCCAGUCGUACCGAUGGAGUCGGUGCCGCCACCACCACCCAGCCCAGACGAUAGCAUCUACUCGGUGACGUUCGCCGUCGAGACGCGGCUUGGCAUUAUGUGGAAUGCGUCCGUGACGGACAAGACGCUGGUCGAAGAUGUCAUUUCCCACUCGCCAGCUGCCGCCGUGGGGCUCAUCAAGCCCAAGGACCACUUGCUCUCGAUCAAUGCGCACAACGUCUCGCGCGUCGGGCCGGAAGAGCUCAUGACACCGUUCAAAGCGGCGGGGUGGCCCAAAACGCUCACGUUCCUCCGCUACAAGGAGCCACCCCGCGCCCCCGCCCCCGUCGUCAACACGACGGUGGCGCCAGCACCCGACACGCGGUUUCCUUUGCUAGCGCACGUUAACAUUAGCGCCGCGCGUCAAAACGGAUGCGACUUUUACUACGUCGUCGAGUUUAACGUCGUCGGGAACCCGCCGCAGCCCAUUGGCAUUGGGUGGGACAUGGACGUCGGCAACCAAUCCGUCGUCAAGCUCAUCGUGACCAACUCGUCCGCCGAGCGCGUCAAAGUGCUGGGUCUCGGCGACCACUUGGUCGACAUCAACGGCAUCAAUGUGUCGAUGCUGCCGCCGCGGCGCAUGGCACAGACGUUCGAGAGUGUUCGCAACCCACGGCGACUCGUGUUGUACGCGCCGCCGUGUGCGAUCGCAACGACAACGGUGGUCGUCGCCCCUUCUGGACAAGUUGUCCUCGAUCCCGUGCACGUGUUCUGGGCCACCGUGCCUCUCUCGACGGUGGCGAGUCACCGCCAAGACGGACACGUUGUGCGCUACGCGGUGCGCAUCGCGGCACUCUGUGCGAUCGGCAUCGAGUGGGACCGGGACGCCCCGUUCGGAGCAAUCGUGCAGCACGUGCAGCCGCAGAGUCUCCUUGCGAACCGAACCGACGUCACCAUUCUGCCGCUGGAGACGCUCGUGGGCAUCGACGUGCUCAAUGUGACGACCCUACCCCUCGCCGACAUCAAAGUGCUGUUUGAGACGAGCCCGUUUCCCAAGCAACUCAUCUUUGAGACGUCGCCGCCAUCGAAUGUGACGACCGCGGCCCCUCUUCGCAUGCGCCACACGCUCACGUUCACCGACGACGCGAUGCUGAUGAACUGGAGCCUCCCGCUCGUUGUCGCCGAGUGGAGUGCGUCGCAUCGCAUCCAAGAGAACGUCGUCGUCGUCAUCGCGAGUCCGUCCACCGCGUGCUCGGCGCUGCAAACGACGACACCUGGCACGCUCGUGCUUGCGUUUCGAGGCGUGUGCGCGUUCACCGAGAAGGCCAAGCGCGUCGCAGCUGCAAGCCGCACCGGCCUCCUUCUUAUCAACGACCAAACGAAAGGCCCACUCGCCUUCCCCAGAACGACGACGACGACCGUCGAGCCGACGUCGAUCCCGGUUGCCAUGAUGGCCAAGAACGACGGCGAGCUGCUGUACGCACUGCUGCAGGCGCGGCCCACGGCAGGCGCCGCCGUCUGGGUUCAAGAGCCCGCGGCGUCUCCUCUCGGGCCGUGGCCAGCCUCGGAGCCGUCCCCAACGACCAUGCGCGUCAGCGUUGGGAGCCACGAGCGCGUCAUGACGGUCAACCAUACGGGCCCGCACCCGUUUGUGAACGCGACAGUCGCGCCGCUUCAGCUCGUGCACGCGUACCCGCUCCAGACGGCGUGUCAUCGGGACGAUCUCAACGUCCGCGGUCGCGGCGCCGUCGUCGUCGUCAAGCGCGGCAAGUGCAACAUCAUCCACAAGGCCAUGACCGUGCAAAAGAUGGGGGCCAAAGGGAUUCUCGUCGUCAAUGACGACGAAGACCAUCCGAUUUACUUGGAGCCGCCGCGCGAGAUUCAUAUUUGGAUCCUCGUGAUCAAUGCCACCGACGGCCAUUGGCUCGAAGACGCGUUCCGUGCCUCCCACGACACUACGCCCGUGCCAGUGUUUCUGCGUCUGCAACACUAGGGACGCAUUCUAAGUUACCUGCAGAACCUUGCUAUUUAACGAUUUCUGUGUCGCUACGCUACACAAUCGCAACCGUAUCGGCCGGCGACGCGACAGC